CGCCAUCCAGACAUCCUUCUGCGCAAACGAUCACGCAAGAUGCUCGUGGACUCUUCCUCUGCUGCUCCACAUGCCAACUAUCAUCAAUUGAAGCGGUCCCACCCCCCCCCCACCCCCCGCAUUGACGCUCGCACAGCAGCUCUUUCGUCACGUCAUCAGCACUCCACGAACUUGUUGAUUGCCAAGGCAUGCAAUCCUGAAUAUCCGAAUAGCCGUGGCUUGAGCUCGUCAGAGAUGGCUUGCUCUGCUUUUAUGCUCCUCCUCUUGGCUUGUAUGGGAGUGUGACUGCUGCUGUAAAGGCGGGAGGCGAUCACGAAUGGGUGCAAACCCCGCCCGCCUUCUUAUUCCCCACCUUUGCUCGGUCGUGUGCGCGCAGCUCGAUCGUGAGUGACAGUGCAGCCUCAUCAUCACCCGCGGGUG